AUGUCUAACAAUGGUCAGCAAAGUGCUGGACAGGUGCCACAACUUACACCUUCAUCGAUGCAGCAAUUGGCAUAUAAAUUUACAGCGUUAGUAAGUGAAGCCCAGAGAGUCGGUGUGCAAACUCCUGAGGGACUGGACUUAUUGAAAAAGGCAUCCAAGAUUAAGGCUAUAUAUGAAACCUAUAAUAAGCAGAAACAACAGGCACAGCAGGCUUUUCAGGUGCGGAAUAAUCCUCAGUCUGGUUCUCAGUCUCAAGCCUUGCCACAGGUCCAGCAACAGCAGCCUCAACCUCCGCAAGCACAGACUCAGCAGCAGCAACCGCAUCAGCAACAACAGCAACCACAACAGUCUCAACAACAACCGAAGCAGCAAUCUCAACAGCCCCAACCACAGCAACCACAACAGCAGCAGAGACCAGGAUCUUCUGUUGCUAGCAACAUCAAACUACUGUUAACUCCUCAGCAGCGUGACGCUUACGAUAAACUUACUCAGACCUUUAAUGAAAGUGCGAAAAAUAUCAAAGGCGAGUAUGAGUUCUUAAAAAAAAAUAUUGAGGUUUUGGACACUGAAAUAAAGAACAGGCAAAGCGAACCAAUGACUGUUAAGCAAUUAGAAGCAAAGAAAAACGAGCUAUUAAUGAAGUUGACUGCCCUAAAUGCGCAGUUCCAAGCCCUACCCAAGAAAUUCCAAGAGGAUAAGAAAAAGUUCUAUAUCGAAUGUGCAGCAACAAAUAUUAACCUAAAGAAGUUCUUACAAGCGACUAGUCAGCAACAAAGAGCGAAUACUAGUAACGCCGGCGCAAGUUCUCCCCCUCCAGUCCAGCCAAGCGGUUCUGUUGGAACUCCAGGCAAUACUGUUCCAGCUGCUGCUGAUAAUGCGAAUGCUAGUGCUUCUUCACAACAGCGGCAGCAGCCUCAAAAGCGAUCUAACAGUGGUGUUAGUAGAUCGCCCACUCAUGUUACGCCUGUCAAUGCCGCAGCCAAUCAAAGUAAUAAUACUGCCUCGCGCCCAGUCAUAUUUAAACAACCAAAUCCGUCGAUCCCAAUACCAGAAACCAUACCUCCCAUCACCACUACGUCAGUCUCUUAUCGCUCGAACCGACCAACAAUUACUGGGGGUAGUGCUAUGAAUGCAUCCUCCUUGACAACGCCAGUCAUGACGAAAUUACCUCCUUAUGAAGUUGAAAAUGACAGGGUUAUGUCAAAGAGGAAACUCAGGGAACUAGUGAAAUCCGUGGGUAUAGACGAUGGUGAUGGUGAAACCACCAUUGAUGGUGACGUCGAGGAAUUGCUCUUAGAUCUCGCCGAUGACUUCAUCACAAACGUUACCAGUUUUGCUUGUAGAUUGGCUAAACACCGAAAAUCUGAUAAUCUGGACGUACGGGACAUUCAACUGCAUUUAGAAAGAAAUUGGAACAUCCGGAUACCAGGCUAUGCUGCUGACGAGAUAAAAAGUACUAAAAAAUGGAAUCCUACGCCUGCAUACAAUCAGAAACUACAAGGCAUUGUGUCAGCAAAAGCCGCUAAACCUACACAAGCAGCAGCAGCAGCAUCUACUAUAGCACAAGUUCCUGCUUCCGAUAAUGGAGUUGCCGUAAGUGAUUCCAAUAAGAAAUAG